UUGGCACCUGCGGCCAACUAAGCCAUACUUCAGUUGACUUCUACUAUAUGCUGAAAUGAAGACCUUGAAGAGUACUGAAUGUUCCCUUCAUUUGGUUUUUUUGUUUAUGUCUAGAACGUAAAAUUAAUCCUUUAUUUAUCAACUUUUAUAUUAUUUUUAGUAAUAUAAGAGUUUUUGAAGUGAUGUCCUUUAGAUCUGGGCUUUCAAAAGCAGUGGUAAAGUUUGAAGUUGAAUCCAUUAACAUACAUUUUUCUUGCCUGACUUGGCGGCAAGCAGGUUAGGAUUUCAAAGACAUCUCUAGCUACAUUUCAAGUAGGAGGCCAGCCUCCCCUACAUGAGACCUUAUUUCAAAAAUAAGCAGGGCUUAGCCUGGUGUAGUGGUGUACAGCUUUAAUCUGUGUACUUGGGAGGCAGAGGCAGGUAGAUAUCUGUGAGUUCAAGGGCAACCUGGUCUUCACAUCGAGUUCCAGGAGAGGCUCAAAAGCUACACAGAAAAACCUUGUCUUGAAAUACCAAAAAGAAAGAAAGAAAGAAAGAUUUAUUUGUUCAUACAGUUUAUGUAUAUGAUUGCUCUGUCUUUAUUCAUACCAGAAGAGGGAAUCUGAUCCCAUUACAGAUGGUUGUGAGCCACAUGUGGUUGCUGAGAAUUAAACUCAGGACCUCUGAAAGAGCAGUCAAAUGCCCUUAACCAGCCCCAUGUACAUUUUUCUUAACAGUAAUUUUUUUUUGUUUAAGAGCAUGUGUGUACAAGUACAUUUGGAGACCAGAUAAAAUUGUCAGGAAUAUUUCCUCCUGGGACAGGUGGUCUUAUUGGCCUGAACCUUACCAAUUAGGUUAGACUGGCUGGCCAGUGAGUCCCAGGAAUCCUGUCUCUACUUCCCAAAUCCUUCUGUAUCUACUUCUCAAAAGUGAGCUACCACAUCCAGCAUUUUUAUAUGCAUUCUAGGGAUUGUGUGGCAAGCACUUUAUUGACUGAGCUUUCUCCUUAGCCCUUAAGAACUAACUUUGUUUGUUUGGGUCUUUUGAGACAGGGUUUCUCUGUGUAGUUUUGGUGCCUGCAUUGGAUCUAGCUCUGUAGACCAGGCUGGCCUCGAACACACAGAGAUCCACCUGGCUCUGCCUCCCGAGUGCUGGGAUUAAAGGCGUGUGCCACCACCGCCUGGCAAGAACUAACUUUUAAAAGUUAGCUUUAAUAUCUCCAGUAGAAGAACAAGAAGAAUUCUGAAUCCUUUUAUUUCAAAAUUAACCAAAAUAGUUUAUAUCAUGUGCUGAUUAAAAAUGAGUUUAUUGUUCUGUCUCUUGAGUGUCUUACCUAGUUUAGCUAAACUAAAACUUUAAAGCUUCAGGCUUAGCUGGGUAUAGUAGUACACACUUUUAAUCCUAGCACUUGGGUAGCAAAAGGCAGGCAGAUCUCUGAGUUUGAGGCCAACCUGGUCUGCAUAUCAAGCUCCAGGCCAGCUCGAUCUACAAAGUGAGACCCUGCCUUAUUAAACCAAACAAAAGUUCAUGUUUACUUCUGUGGCCUUGUCAUCUUCUCUUGCUUAUUUGAGUUUCUGACAUUAAAUUCUUGGUAAAUCAUCCACUAAAUAUUUUAAGUACUUUUCUUAAUUUGUUUAAUGUAUUUUCAUGUUUUGUACAAGUUGGCUACUGGGGUACAGGGCUAUGUAGAGCAGGCUAAUCUCAUUGAUGGAAAAGAUGUUGUCAACGAGAAUGAAAAUGAGCCACAUGGAAAACAAGGCCUUCGAUGCCAUGGGUGCAGCGUGGUCUUCACAUGUGCACUCUGUCCAGCUGUAAAAGCAGGUAGCAAGCACAUCACAAAAGUGGAGCUGUCUGCCGGACGUCACCAGGAGCUCCCUGGGGUAUAGCUUGAGGUUCUUUUGCUGCAUGGACACCAAGAUCUGAGUUCCCUGCUCUCCAAGUUUUUGGUAAUAACUGCCUGACCCAUAUCUUCCAGAUAAUCGUUAUGUACCUUCAGGUGUUAGAGUGUGAGCGUAAUCAACACCUGGUCCAGACUGCAUGGGUAGCCUCUGAGGGUAAGUGACUAAGACUUCUCCUCUGCUGUCCAAGCGCUUUGGUGCAGGGACAGCGGCCGUCUUCAGCCAAUCCAGUGCAGGCUCUCCACCGAAGGCUGGCUCUAGACUGGUGGUAUGCGUACCUGAUAGUAUAGUCAUGGCCGACUGCUGCUUGUGGUUCUCUGACGAUUGUGCUUCUUGUUAAUCCUGUCGUGCUUGGUAAUUGUAUCAAUCAAUUAGAGUUGAUAACUGUCUUAACUUGAAUUUUGUCCUUUUAAAACUGCUGUACCUGUGCAAUAAAGAUGCAAUACCUUUCCUGUUUAAAAAAAUAUAUAUAUAGAAAGCUGUAAGAAUUGAAGUGACAAAUUGGCAUGGUGGAAAUUCAGGCUGUUAUUAGAUCUUGUCAUUAUUUCUCCCAAGUCCUACAGUUGCUCUUUUCAGCAGCUUAAAUGGCACUCAUUCCAGUAAAGGUGUGCAUCUUUAAGUUAAACUAUUGUAAUUUAUUUCAAAUGUAGCAUAAAGUUUAAAUACACCUUUAAAGGAUUUCAUCUGUUUUUAGAACUUAAUAUUAAUGAGUUAGUACAUUUGAAUACUAAAAAUUCCUUAUUAGUAAUAAAGUUAUUGAUGGUUAUAUUUGUGAAUGUUUACGCUGUUUAGCCACAGAAUGACUCCUGAGAGAUGGAUAGUGCAGCUCUCAUUCUGGCUUCCCUUCUGAUGUGUAGAGUUAAUGUUUCCAGGGCCAGCUGCCUCUAAUAGACAUCUGUAGAAUUUACUGUUUAGAAUGUCAAAUUGGGUUUGAAUGUUACUUUCUCUAAGGUUUUAGGGCAAAGAUACUGGGGUGGGGGUAGUUAAAUCUUAUGAGGUACAGCCUGACAUUAGGGUGUGUGUGUUAUACCAUUAUUGGAUAUGUUGGGCAGUGUAUAAUAUAACCUCUUCACAUGUUUUCUCAUGAAUUGUUUUUGUAAUGUUGAUAAAGCUAGUUUAGCAUUUUGUUUUAGACUACAAAUUUAAAAGAAAUAUAUAAAGAAAAUGUUAAAGAUGUAGCCAAUUUUAAAGACCUUUAACUUUUCUAAAAAUGUGAAGUUUUGUACUUAUAUAUAUAUCUUCUAAAGUAUUAAAGUAUUUUUAAGUGUGCUUAGCUUGUUGCCACUUUUAGUGUUUUGUUGCUUUUGUCUGAUUUUUAUGAAUGUUCAUUUUAAGACUCCUUGUUGAAAUGGGACAGUUUGGAAACGUUCUUUGAUAAACCCGAGAAGAGGAUUCCCUUGGGUGUUGACCUCCUCUGCAUGAUGUGCCCAUGCAUCUGAACUGCACCCAAGGGCCUUUCCCUUUUCCAAGUGGACUCCCUCACUGGAGCUGCGGCUCAGUCAUCUGGAGAAGGCCCGGGCCACAAGUGCUGCCUGAAGAAAAGGAACACAGGACGACAGCUUGUCUCACAGUUUCAAGGCUUCAUGCUCAGCCUGCUCAUUUGAGUUUGCAUGUUUCUCUGCACUAUGGAUUUUGAACAUUUAGAUUUCUUUAAUCAACUUCAUUUUAACUACUAAGUAGCAUUUUCUUUCUAAGCAUUGUGCUUUGCAUGAUAGCAGGCCAAAUAUAGAAGGAAAAGUAAAGUUAAAGUCGGUUCUCGUUCAUAGCAACACGUAUUGUUUGACAUUCAGCCAGCUUUUUUUCCCCAGUGAUUUCUUUCAUGUAUUCAGAAUAUCCCCUGGUAUCUCUGGAGAUUCCCAGAGUUCCCAGCCCAAUCAUAGUGUAGAACCCUUAGGAAUAACAACCUUUGAUUACAAGUAGUAGCAUAGUUGCCCAUAUCAUUACAAUCUUCCUGGUCUUGUUUUUAGGAACUACAUGAAUGACAGCCUUCGCACAGAUGUCUUUGUGCGGUUCCAACCUGAGAGCAUUGCUUGUGCCUGUAUCUACCUCGCUGCCCGGACACUGGAGAUCCCUUUACCCAAUCGUCCGCAUUGGUUUCUUUUGUUUGGAGCAACUGAAGAAGAAAUUCAAGAAAUUUGCUUUAAAAUCCUGCAGCUUUAUACACGGAAAAAGGUUGAUUUGACACACCUAGAAAGUGAGGUGGAAAAGAGAAAGCAUGCCAUCGAAGAGGCCAAGGCACGAGCUAGGGGGCUGCUACCCGGGAGUGCUCCAGUUCUGGACAGUGCUGCAGGGUUCUCACCUGCUCCCAAGCUGGUAGAAUCUCCCAAAGAAGGUAAAGGAAACAAGUCUUCCCCACUCUCUGUGAAGAAUGCCAAACGGAAAGUGGAGGGACCAAAGAAAGCCAAGGCAGACAGCCCUGUGAAUGGCUUGCCAAAAGGGCAUGAGAGUCGAAGUCAGAGCAGGAGCCGUGAAGAGAGCUACUCAAGAUCCCCGUCACGGUCUGCUUCUCCAAAGAGAAGGAAAAGUGAUAGUGCCUCUACCUCAGGUGGGUCCAAGUCACAGAGUCGUUCUCGGAGCCGCAGUGAUUCUCCUCCAAGGCAAGUACACCGUGGUGCUCCCUACAAAGGCUCAGAAGUGAGGACCUCCCGGAAAUCUAAGGACUGCAAGUACCUCACCCAGAAGCCACACAAGUCUCGUAGCCGAAGCUCCUCUCGUUCUCGAAGCCCGUCACGAGAGCGGACAGACAAUUCUGGAAAAUACAAGAAGAAAAGUCAUUACUAUAGAGAUCAAAGACGAGAGCGUUCAAGGUCCUAUGAGCGCACAGGCCAUCGCUAUGAGCGGGACCACCCUGCACACAGCAGACAUCGGAGGUGAGAUGGGUUCCCUGGUGGCUGCCCUUGGUCCCUCCCUGUUGGGCACACCUUGGCUUCAGUGGCCUUGUAGCAUGAUAUUUUUUGGAAGUGUUUUCAAUUGGACCUUGAGGUGAAUUUAACUGAUGGGACAGCGAGCAAGGUACCCUUCAGGCUGGCCUGGGGAGUGCUGCACAUCCGUCCCAGUUGAAGGUCCACCUCAACUGCAGACCUUCAGGUAGCUGGAUGGAACAGCAAAGGCACUCGUCCCCAUUGGUGUGGCUUGGUGCUAUUGAUAAGCUGUCUCUUCACUCCUAAACUGAUACUCAAUUACGUUAAGCCAAGAAAGAUGAUUUUUCAAAUGUCCACCUAUAUUAGGUUAUACUUGUGUACAUAUUUUCCAGUGUUUCACAAUGAGAAAAUGGCCUUAAUAGCCCCCGCCCCCGUUCUCUAUUCACGUUGUAAAUAAACAUGUGUUUAAUACAAGUGAAAGCUAUAUAUAAAAACUCAGAAUUUGAAUUCUGUUAGCUUAACACUUGUAUAGAGAAUUCUGAUUUUUAAAUUGUGAAGGUAUUUAGGUCUGUGUUGAAAGUCAUAUAUUUUUAUCUGUGCAAUGCUGAGUGCUGGCCACCAGCUCUAGAGAAAUUUUACGAGGUUGAAUAAACAAAAUUCUCAGGACACUUGGGAUGUAAGACUC